AUGGAGAUAGACAGCACUGAAGACCCUCGAGGGGUAAAACGUACCGCCGCCGACGCCGGAUUCCCAACUCAUGGCCCAAGAAAAAUCCAGGCUUUAGAUCCGGAUGUUGUGAAUAAAAUAGCAGCCGGGGAAAUUAUUGUUGCUCCUAUGCAUGCACUAAAGGAGUUGAUCGAGAAUUCUGUUGAUGCCGGCGCUACGUCUGUGGAAAUCCUAGUCAAAGAUGGAGGUUUGAAGCUCCUUCAAAUCACCGAUAAUGGACAUGGAAUCGACCAUGAGGAUCUUCCUAUACUUUGCGAGAGAUUCACUACCUCCAAGCUCAAAGCCUUUGAGGAUUUGUCUAGCAUAGCUACGUACGGUUUCCGUGGCGAGGCCUUGGCAAGCAUAAGCCAUAUCGCCCACCUUACCGUGACUACUAAAACAUCUGGCUCCAGCUGUGCAUGGAGAGCCCAUUAUCGAGACGGGAAACUUGUUCCUGCGAAACCUGGGCAGACUCCUGGCCCUAAGCCAACUGCGGGUCGCGGCGGUACUCAGAUAACGGUUGAGGAUCUAUUUUACAAUGUUCCAACUCGACGUCGCGCAUUUAGGUCCGCUAGUGAAGAGUAUGCCAAAAUUUUAGAUAUCGUUGGUCGUUAUGCCGUACACUGUGAUGGAGUUUCAUUCUCCUGCAAGAAACAUGGUGAUUCGGGGGUUAGUGUAUCGACUUUAGCAACCUCAAGCGCGAAUGAUCGUGUACGGCAAAUUUAUGGAAGCGCUGUGGCCAACGAACUUAUUUCUUUCGACGUGGAAGACUCAACGCUAGGAUUUCGCGCGACGGGUUUGGCCAGCAACGCGAAUCAUCAUGCUAAACGGACAACCGUUUUGCUAUUUAUCAACCAUCGAUCUGUGGAAUCAUCCGCUGUACGCAAAGCUGUGGAGCAAACAUACUCUGCUUUCCUACCCAAAGGCGGGCAUCCAUUCGCGUAUCUAGACCUCGAAAUCGAGCCUCAGAGGGUGGACGUAAAUAUCCACCCCACCAAGCGAGAAGUCAACUUCCUGAACGAAGAUGAGAUCAUUGAAUUGGAUCCAAGAGGCCUUACGAGAAUAAUCUCGUGCGGACAGAUGCAAAAUGAGAAAGAUUACGUCCAUGUUUCCGGUCAAUACCCCCAGACCAAAGUACGAACCAAGAAGGCGGACGCCCAAUCACCGGCCGCUCACCAUUCCGAACCCAGCGGGCGCGAGGCGGUUAAUAUUCGUCUCACGUCUGUCAAGAAUCUGCGUGCUGAGGUUCGCUCAACAAUGCACAACACCUUAACAGAGAUCUCCGCAUCGCUGACGUAUGUUGGCCUGGUGGAUGAACGGCGCAGGAUAGCAGCGAUCCACUCCGCCGUUAACCUGUACCUUUUGGACUACGGGAUGAUCUGCGAUGAAUUAUUCUACCAGAUUGGGCUAACUGAUUUCGGCAAUUUUGGAACAAUUAACCUGGAAUCUUCGCCACGAUUGGUGGACCUACUCUCUCUUGCUACAGCCGUUGAACGAGAGGAGCAUCACCGCCGUAUCAAAGCAGGCGGAGGAGAAGGCUCCGGCACAAAUAACGCUACGGAUACGGAAGAGCCUAAAGAUAUUGACUUCAGCCGAGUGCCGGAAACCAUAGCAGCACAUCUUAUCGAAAGAAGGGAGAUGUUGAACGAGUAUUUCUCUAUUUCUAUCUCAGAAGAUGGCAACCUCCUAUCCAUCCCCUUGUUACUGAAGAAUUAUAUGCCGUCCUUGGCAAAACUACCACGAUUUCUACUACGACUUGGGCCCUACAUCGACUGGUCCAACGAAGAAGCCUGCUUUCGAACUUUUCUGAGGGAGCUGGCUGCAUUUUAUACCCCGGAACAAUUACCCACUCCCCCAACAGCCACCACAGCACCUAUUACCCCCGACGAUUCCAGCACCCAGCACGAUGGCAAAACAGCACCGGAGACCUCGAGUUCGCAGCACCAGCCUGACAGCCAACAGAACCCCAAUACCAACGAAGACCCGUCGAUAACCCGUCGGCGAACGCAGCUGGCCUGGAUGCUGGAACAUGUCCUUUUUCCAGCAAUUCGGUCUCGACUGGUGGCGACGGAAGAUUUGGUGCGAGGUGCGAUUGAAGUGGCUGAUUUAAAAGGCUUGUACAGAGUUUUCGAGAGGUGUUGA